AUGGGCUCGUCAUCAAUUUCAAAUGGAAAUAACGCAACAGCUGUAGCAGCUGGUGCAGGGGGUGGUGCAGGCAGUGGAGUAGAAGAAGAUUUACCACCACCAUCGUAUGAGGAAGCAGUCAAGACCAGUGCUCCACCUAUCAGUUCAAGUUCCACACAAACAUCACGUCCUAACUCCCGACCUGCUGCCACUCGUCCUCAACAGCAGACACAUCCAUCACAUUCACAUUCACAUUCACACUCACGGCCACCGGCUCCAGCACCUCCAUCUGCGUCAUCAGGAUUACCAUUCACAUAUCCCAAGGGCUAUUACUGUCGAAAAUGCAACAGUACAGGAUACAAAUUGAAAAACGGCAAAACAUGUCAAGAUUGCUGGGAAAAAUUCAGUCCUCGAAACUCAACCAAUUCGGUCAACUACAAUUUCCAUCCACAAUACUUUGGAUCAACGACAUUUAUCCCUUACGGCAGUGCACCAGUACCUAACCCGCACCCAGGUGGAAGGGGCGGUGGCAGUGGUGGAUUCUUUAGCACUGCUUCAACGGUUCCAUUGCGAGUUCCACCGGGCGAUCCAAGGUUGGGUGGUGUGCUUUGUGGUCGAUGUAGAGGGUCAGGUAUGGUUCGCUUCUUGUUGGAUAUGGAGUUGUGUCCUGUUUGUUCUGGGUUGGGAAGAGUUGUCAAUGUGCCUGCCGGACCGCCACCACGGGGGCAUAUGCAGGGAACAUUUGGUAGUGCAGCACCACAAGCACAGUAUUCGUCGUCAUAUUAUGGAGAUCGAAAGAGAUGA